UUGUCGAGACUGGUGCGGUGGGGUCACUCAGUCAGUCAGUCAGCCACAGUUCGGUUUUAGUUCAGUUUUUCAGUAGAGAAAAUCGUUCGCUUCUGGUUGGACGUGGUUUUGUUUUGUUCUUUACUUGAAAACACACAGGAAAAAAUAAUAAAAAGUCCUCCUGUGGUACCCGCGGUAUCGCAGGAUAUCAUCGUACAUUAACGUUCGCAUCCUUCUCUGGAGCUUGGUUGAAGGCGUGUUUUGGACCAUCCUUUGUUCCGUGAGUGCGUGUGUGUUUUAUGUACUUUGUGUUUCAUUCGCGCGGGAGUUGAAAAACCUCCGAGUUUACAGUGCUACUUCCGUUGCGUGCAGAGUCUCGAUUUUCUCUGGCAAGAGACACCCCUUUUCUUUCAUCCGCGGCUGGUUUAGUGUGCUGGUGUGCCUCAGAUCGCUACCAUGAGCGAGUAAUAGAGCACGAAUAAUUGAAUUGCAUACCAAAAAGGAUAGGAAGUGUUACUUGAGUUUCAUUUUGUGGCUGAUACAAAAGACCAGCGAAAAAGGCAUCCACGAAGGGUUCGACCGACGGCGAUCCGGAAGGGAACCGAAAAAGUACCGGCAGUGUUGGGCUCGGUUUUGAGCAAAAAUUGGAUUGGUUGGUAUCGUUGUCACCACCGCUAGCGCAUUGCUACCCGCACCCUCGACACAUCCUCGACCAGUGAAUUGAAAUAAUAAGUGAAAACGAACGGAUUUCGGCAGUCACUUGUUUAUUUACCGUAAACCAUUUUCGGAUAAAUAAUUCAUCACAAGUGAUUGCUCUCCGGUGAGCUCUGCGCGAUUCCGUUUAUUUUGUGUAUUUUUUUUUGGUUUUGAUUGGCAAGGAAGCCGCGCGUUCCAACUGAGUCAACAUAUCGUCACGGUGGUAAUAAAAUUGUCUAAAACAAGUGCGCGCGGAGAGAGAGAGGCAAACUGUGGUCGAACAUAAAUAUUGGUGUUCGGGGCUAACGCCUUCUAUUUGGUGAUGAUAUAGGCUAUGGAACAGCCGGCACUAAACAAACUUCCGAACGUGUACUGAUGUAAAUUUAACCAGCGUGCCGGCGCGAAAGAAGAAGAAGAAAAAACCGCACUAGACGGCACCCCCUCGGGAAGAUGCCGCCAGGGAAUGUCCACCGGACAGCGAAGCGCACAAGGAGCUCAACGGAACCGGAUACGAGCACCGAAUGGCGGCCACCGUCGUCAUCUCGGCACUGCGGCAAACCUCGCACCCUUGGGCUACGGUUGCUCCCGCACGGUUGGAAAGCGUCACUGCUGUUGACGGUGUCGCUGGCACUCUGUGUGCAGCUGCAACUGUUGACGAAGGUAGCGGCCCAAUCCAAUCCGCCGCAAACGUGUCCCCCGGGAGCGGAUAUCAGUCCGUGUCAAUGUCAGGUGAAAAAGAACGGUCUCGAUAUCUUGUGCGAGGCAACCGAUAUCCAGCACAUCACGAAGGCGAUGAGUGCGCUGAAAGGGAAGAAUCCAAUCAUUUUCUAUCUGAAACUGCGACAUAAUAAUUUACCCAAGUUACAAGGAUUCGUGUUCCUCUCGCUUGACAUCCGACACCUGACGAUCCACAACAGCAGUUUGGCAGCCAUCGAAGAAACAUCGCUGAGUUCCCUAGGUCGUGGUUUGACGCAGCUUGACGUUUCCCAGAACCAGCUGAUGACGGUGCCUUCGAGUGCACUGAAAAACCUUCACCACCUGCUGAUUCUGAAUCUGAAUCACAACCGCAUCUCUGCAAUCCACAACCGGGCAUUCGAAGGGUUAGAUACGCUUGAGAUACUGACGAUCUACGAAAACAAACUGACUUCAAUCGAACCGGACGCGUUCCGUGGUUUGGAUAAGAAGUUGAAACGGCUUAAUCUCGGCGGCAAUGAGCUCACCUCGGUUCCCCAAAAAGCCCUUGCCAUCCUGGAUAUGCUUCGAAAGCUUGAGCUUCAAGAAAAUCGUAUCAAAACCAUCAAAGAAGGUGAUUUCGAAGGUCUCCAGAAUCUUGAUUCGCUCAUACUGGCUCACAACCAGCUCACCGAAGUUCCACCCCGUGUCUUUAGCCAUCUGAUCCUGUUGAAUUCCCUGGAGCUGGAAGGAAAUUCGAUAUCCUACAUCGAUAAGGAUGCUUUCGAAGGGCUGGAAGAAAACCUCCAGUAUCUUCGUCUCGGCGAUAACAAUUUACAUCGGAUCCCGAGCGAGGCCCUCCGACCACUGCACCGUCUGCGGCAUCUGGACCUACGUUCGAACAAUAUCUCAACCAUCAGCGAGGAUGCUUUUGUGGGUUUCGGAGAUUCGAUUACCUUCCUGAAUCUGCAAAAGAAUGACAUCAAACAGUUACCGGCGCUUGUUUUCGAAAAUCUCAACUCGCUGGAAACGUUGAGCAUCCAAAAUAACAAACUAUCCCGCAUUCCGGAGGAGGUGAUGGAGCCAAUCAUCGAUUCGCUACGUGUCGUUGACAUCAUGGACAACCCGCUGAUCUGCGCGUGCGAGCUGGUCUGGUUCCCGAAUCUGCUAAGAGACUUAAAGAACCGCGACGACGAAAUGACCCAGAAGAAGCGUCCCAUGUGUACGAUGGCCAACGAACACCGGGAGUACUACGUCCAGAAUAUGCCCCUGGAGAGGAUGAACUGCGUUGGCAAAAAGUACCACACGUCAUCGCUGAGCGGCAGCGGUGCAACCGAAAUGGUGACCCGCGGCCUGUCUGCCCUGGUUGCGGCGACCGGAUUCGUGAUUGGCAUUUGCCAACUUUACUACUAACUGACUAACUAACUAACUAACAAAUCAACCAACAAACAAACUGAAGAACAGUCGGGCAGUAUUGUGUGGGCUGCGUGGGCAGGAUGCGUUUAACCGUAUUCUGCCGGCGGGGACCCCGGUCGGUCGGAGGCGAAGGUAAGUGUGAGAGUACGACGACGCGUUAUGCUACAGUAAGGAUCAAAUAUAUACGGUGGACGCUGGGAUGGCAUGGUGGGCGGAUGGACACCGAUGGAAAAAGCAGUACCGGUAGAAGGGGAAGAAGAUGAAACAAAUGGAAACGAAAAUACAAAUGUUGCUUUGUUUUAUCGUCAUUUUUUUGUUCGUUUUCGUUCGGGACCUUUAGGUUCGUGUUUGGUUCGGGAACAUAUGCUGAAAUACGGUGGGAAGGGAAAAGCCUUCCACCGGACAUUGAUUUUGUGCUUGUAUUUCAAAAAAAAAAGAAAACCUCUUCAAAAGUGGUAUAAUUCAAUUGUAGAUUUAAGGACAAAGAACAUUGAUAUUUAAACAUAAUGCUGCAAAGGAAAAUCUCACAUACGACUGGGAAAAACCGCAAGCAAAUUUAACCUAACGUAAGAAUGCACUCAACUAAGAGGCAAUAUGAUGCAUCACAUUACCAAAGAGUCUUUCAUAAGAGUAAUACGCGCUGGAAAUGUGCUUUUCAGUUGUCGGUAUUCGCGCUCUCUCGGGGGUGAUAAUCGGAGGAAGGAAACAAAAAAAAAAGAAGGAAUUAGUCAGUUCGCUAGAAGUUCAGCCCAGAGCCUGAUUUGAGCUGUAAUUGAGUUUCGAAACUUUGUUCGGAAUGCACAGUAGAAGCCGAUUAAUUUGAGCCAAGGAUCAACUUCACCGUUUUAAUCCAUUACUACCGUUCUUUUUUGCAUUCUUUUUGAACGGAAUUAUUUUCUCGGUCGACUUGAACCGAGGAAUAAAUUCUUGAAAUGAAAUAUUAUUAUUUACUGAGCCGAGUUAACAAAACACCCAAUUUCAAAGAGAUUAUUUAGAUUUUUCUAGCUUCUAUUGCAUGCCGAAGUUUGACGAACGGAUUCCACUGUUUCCCUCGAGAGACGAUAUCGACGAUCAUAACAGAUAGUUUUUGUUAGAACUCUAGAUCCUAUUAUAACUAAAUGAAAUCCCAUUGCAUAGAGGGCAAAGCGAUAUAUAUCUCUCUCAAUAUAAUCAUAGAUUUAGGCAAAAAAGACAUAUCCAAACUUCUAGUGGAAGGUAAACAGUAACUAAGGCUAAAAUUUGAUGAUCACGUCAAUGUACUGAACUUCUUUAUUGUCUGCAUUUUGCACCUUAAAAAUGUUAUAUAAAACGGUGAAAAGCCGGUUUAAUCUGUGUUUCACAAUGCAAAUAAAUGGCUACCGGCAACGACACGGGAAUGAGUUAGGAAUUUCACCAGGUAAAGCAGCGUGGACGAAUUGUCCAGUGUCAGGGAGGAUCGUCUUAGCUGCUUGCAGCUGGAAAUUCCGAAAUUUCUUCGGAUGCACUGCAGAUGGCAUUACCGAGCCGGUUAUAUAUGUUUCAAUGCAUAAUCGUUCAAUUCAAACAAAAUUAUUAAUAAUGGUAAUAAUAGUAUAAUCAGUACUUGGCUGAUCUUUAUCUUUCCAGAUCGUAUUAGUAUAUACAAACAAAAAUCAACAUAGUUUUGCCUUUGACGUGUUAAGCAUAUCUACAGAAAAAAAACACACACAAAACCCUGAAAAAAACAUAUCCUUUUACACUCUCCAUAUGAGAUAAAUAUAUAUCAACAAAAACAUAUCACUAUAUCCUGAUAAUUAAGCAAAAAUCAACAUUAAAAAACAUAUCGAAUUUUGGAAGCCCACACGCAAUCUUUUUUCCUUAGGUUAACGUUUAAUCAAAACAAAAACAUACCAAAAGCACAUAUCAUAUUCUUGUUACCUAGGCUAAGGGAAACUUUCGUAAGAUAAUGAAACACACACAGAAAUGUCGUAUACAUGAAACCCGAAAACAUAACAAUCAAGUCGUAACAUUUUGAUACAAAUUUACACCCUGAGCUGAGGCUGAACGAAAAGUUAUCCCAGUUCUGGGUAGGAAAGGAGAGAGAGAGAGAACCGAAAGCAACUACCGGUUAAGUUUUAGAAGGUUAGGCUUGGAAAGCCAGAAUGGAAGCAAGAUUUUCACAAACCUGUGGCAGACGCGAUAACGAUCAUUUGCAUGGACUCCUUACUCAACGGCACUGUGGAAUUGCAUUGGCUGGGGGUUGAGCAUAGAGUCUCGUACUGGUAAUCUUUUGAGUGAUAGAAAUAAAGAUGGACAUCAAAUGUUCGAAAGUUCUUAACUUGAGACUAUCGGUGUUCUUGUGAGGGCUUUUUCGACUUGAGUACAACCGUAACCGUGCAGCCACAACACUCUGUCCCGUCUUUGCUUGUACUGAGACGACUUUUCCGUCAAUGCACGGGUAAAACGCAUUAGUUGCGUUCAGUAGUUUAAUCGACUUUAACGUUUCGUAAUGGGAUAAGAGCUGGUAAUGCACUGCUAAAAAUUUUAUGGCGUCAUUCUGUUUUCAUGUUUUUUCUUUACUUUGUAGUAGAUCCAUUUCUGAUCCUCAGUUUCAAUGUGAGGUAGAACUCCGUUGUUCGGCACGUUCUUAUUCACGGAAUAGAAAUAUUUUUUGUGUUACGAAUUAUAGACGAUUCCGAUAGGAAUUUUUGGCUUCGAUUACGCCAAGUGAGAAAUCCAACAUAAGUGUUUCACAAUCGUCCAGUUUUAGUUCAAAACAGGUUAUUGAAUAUCUUUCAAGAUCGUAGUUAAAUAAUUUUGAAUCACGUUUGUUGCGCUUUACAUUAGGAAGUAAAAGAACUGAAACAAGGUAUUCUACGUACUCGGAUAUGAGUGAGAAGGUGAUUUAUUAUUUGGGGUUCAAAUUGACUCAAAUUUUCAAUAAAUCAUGUGAAAAUAAUAAGAAUUUGGUUGGCUUUGCUCCUCCACCUCAAAAAAAUGGGGGAAAACUCCUAUUUUGACUACACACUUAGAACAAAUGGCUCAAAUAUGAUUAACAUCUAGUACUCAUAUUCGGAAAUAGUGUAAUAAUUUUGAAAAGAACUAACUCCUUAGUUACUCAAAUUCUGCUUCUUUGUCUAGAAACUUACUCAAAUUGAGACUAGAAGUUUCUCAUGAUUAUUGAUAGUAUCAUUCGAUAAUGAGUAACUAUUUUCUAGCGUGUAGUUGCCCUUUUUAUGAAAUUGAGUGAAGUGUCACUAAUUUUCGAUUUAUGUUUACACUUCCGCUGAAACUCUCAACGAGUGAGCAUGUUGUAUCGUGUUACUGGGCGAGUCGACGGUGCAAAACAGCGAGGUUUUCGCCGGUAGUCCAGUGAAACGAAAGUCGAUUGGACUGUGCCAUCAAUUCGGUGUCAUCUCGAGUGAGCUGUCGCCAACCAGAAGUAAGCAGAUGAAUUAUGUUCCAGCAGUGCAUACAUAUGCGAGAAAGAGAAGCCUAAUCGUUUCUAGAAUCGCUCAAAUAUGUCAUAGUAUAUGGCAUGCUGUGCUAUUAGCAUGUAGGUCCACUUAUCCAAAUAUUGACUCAAAAUGAAAAGAGCACUGAAAAUCACCCUCCCGUGAUAAAUGAAAAAAAAACUGGUCUUCUUUUUUUCGCCGUGAGUCUGUUAAAUGUUGUUGGAUUCGCACUUAGCAACGGUUGUUUGAGCGAACCUGAUAUAAAAACCAGGUUCGAAACUGACUCGAUUUUCAGUUCAACAACGUUAAAACUAGGUUGAAAACUAGCUUCAAACAAACGGUUUGACCGCUGUUAGGGUGGAAACUGAUGGUGGGUUAGUUUUGGCAUCAAGCGAAAACGACAUAAAUAAAAAAACGCAGUUGUUUCUUGUUCACGUUUAAGAUGUAUUAAAAUUAAUUAGGUUUUGCUGUUCGUUGCAGGAGUUUAAUUAUAUCAUUUUUUUUUAUGUUUCUAUUGAAAUACAAUGGAAAGUUUGAAUCGUAACAGUUGUUUAUCUUACUGCUCUUCAUUAGAGUUUCCACAACAGUAAUCAUAUUUUGCAUGGAAAUAUUUCAUCAGACAAUACUACGCCAAAAAAUCGACAAAUUUCAUUAGAUCUCUUGUCCGUGUCCAAUGUGGUAGAAACAGGUGGGGCAAACACAACUCUUUUGUGUUAGUAAAAUCAACUGGCUUAUUGAAGAGCCAAGUAAAACUAAAAACCACGUGCUUGCUUUCGUCACACCGUUUGGACUAGUUGGCAUUGAAUCAAAGCAUGUUUAUUUUUCAUGUAUGUCGUCAUACCGAACUAUUUACAAAUUUUUGGUUACCAACGUAAGCAAGCCAUGUGGUCUGCCCCACCUGUUUAUAUUACAUUGAUCCGUGUCAGCCAUAGGAGGUAGAAUUGGUCCAAGCAAAAUGCUUUUUCAAGUCAACUGAAUGAAUCCUGGUUCGUUAGAGAGCUCUUAAAGAAGAGUACUUCAGUAGCUACCUGUUUUAGUUAUUUCUUUGAAAACAACACAUUUUGCCGUUUCAUCAUCGGGAAGGAAUCUCCUUCCUCUUUCCUUGCAUUUUCUAUAUAAUUUGGGACCAGCUCCCUCAAAGAAGCAUUAAGUAAACGACUGUUGUAAAUAUAUGACCAAGUUCAAGGGUUAAUAUAACAGCGUUUUUGUUUUUGUUUAUUAUACUUCGCUUGUGACCCGAGGGUUUAACUGUAAAUAUGAACCUCUUUUCGGUUACUUGAUCUUUGAGUUAUUUCGUAGAGUUCGUAACCAUUAUACAUAUUUUCAUGUGGUUAUGUUAAGCAUUGAUCGUAAGAGUCAAAGAUGCCAGGUAAAAGUUUCAAACAUCUUCAGACAAGGCUGCAAAAGUCUGUAUAUCCUAAAAAAUAUCAGCAGUUAGCAGCAGUAUGUUUUUAUUUCUCUAUUAAGUAUGAUAUGCUAAAAUGACUUGACGAGCAAAAAAAAGGUCACGACAAUUUCAAAAGUCUGUAAAUUUUCACGACAGUCUGCGAAAAACUUGAUUUUCAAAAGUCUGCAAAAGUCUGCACAGCAAAAAAAGUCUGCAGCACUAUGUACGAAAUCUGCAGAUUUACGGACAAAUCUGCAGAUCUGGCAUCUCUGGUAAGAGUACGGUUUUGGCUGUCAUUUGCCGCUACAACCUCAUUGAACAUAAUUCAAAAUUGAGUGACACAUCACUCAAAUUCAUAAAAAGUGCACGUACUCUAAACUUGAGUUACCACCUAUCAACUCGUUUUUGAGUUAAGGGACGAAAUUGUCAAAACUUGAGUAAUCUUUACUCAAAAUAAAAAAAAAUAUUUUGUUCAAAAUUUGAGUAAGUUCAACUCAAAAUUUGAGUUCCUUACUCUCAAAAUGAAGAAACUUUUCUUCGUUAUUUUCAUAUACAAAGUUAUUCUUCUUGCUUUUGAAUGCGCAAAGUAGUGAUUCAAAACCGUUUCCUUUUGAACGGGUUGGAGUCAAAAUUGAAUUAUUUUGAUAUCCUUAUGUUGGGCUUUUCACUAAGCCUAAUUGAAACCACAAAACAUCGACGAUCGGCGUUGAUUCAUGUUUUCAAACCCGGAACUAGAAACGGCAAGGGAAAACGACGUAUUCUUGCAUUCUUUAUUUCGAUAAGAAUAUUCCGAGCAUGAAAACGCUCUGAACUGCAAGAAGUAUUUUUUUCACUCAAAUGUUUAAAAACUCAACGCUUACUCUAAUGUAUGAAUAAAUGCGAGAUAACUCAUGGCAAUGAGUUUACUUUACUCAAAUUCAUACUCAAAUUUUGACAUAUUGUUCCAGUUUAUGAAUUUAAAUAAUCGCAACUCAAACCAUGAGUUUUGUUCAAAGAGCGUGUAGGUUCUUUGGUUAUGUCACUAUUGACCAGAGAUGCCAUUUAUACAGAUUUAUCUGUAUUAUACAGAUUUUUACAUGCGAAUAUAGAUUUCGUACAGAUUUCCUAAACUCAAUACAGAUUUAUACAUGUUUCACAAAAAAAAAUCGAAUGAACAAAUUGUUUUCUUCUUCGUCUGAAUUCUCGAGAUAAACGUUUCGUAAUCAAUGGACAAAUCACAAAUUGAUCUGAAAAUGAUGUUGGUAUUUAGAGUUGAGCGUUGAGAUCCCACAGCAAUCUACAAAGUCAAUAUAUUGAAUGCAUAUGAAAUUAAAAUUCUUUUUUGUUGAAUCCGAUUGUUGAUGAAAAAUUGGAAACAUUUAAUUUCGUCGUUGUGGAGUGAGGUAUGAAUAUUGAACACUUAUUGAAUUUUUCAUAAUAAUAUCAUCCAACGUUGGAAUAAUAUUACAACAACAUACUUUCAUUACAAAAUUUUGAUUUUAUAGCGAAUACAGAUUAUUCAUUCAGGGUAACAUAGAUUUUUUAGGAAAAUUUAUGACAUCUCUGAUAUUGACUUGUACUAGACAGAGUUGCCAGGUAAUAUUUCUAAAAAUCUGCAUCUCGGAAUUCAUUACGGAUUUUAUAAUGAAUCCAAAUAAAUUUACACUCUAGUGCGAAGAUCAGGUGAGGUGACGCCACUUAGAGAAAAAGAAAAAUUACUCUAAUUUUAUACUAUUGACUGAAGUACAAUUCAGACGGUCCGUUUCUAUUCGUCACCGCAAUCCAGAUGUCAGCGACAGUCAAACGUCAAACGAUGGUUACGUUGUGUUUGAAUGUUGUCUCAAUAAGAAUGCAUUCAAUUGGUGCUGAUGGUGACGAAAGUUGACUGUGAUGGAAGGUGACGGACCGCCUUCAUUUUGAGUUUUUUUCCAAGCAGUCAACGAAAGUUGCAGCUUUUUGAAACUGACUCGGCCACUUUUUUUUUUGCUCGUUAAGUUUAUAAAAUGCAGCACUAUAUUUGGAUCAUUCUGCAUACAUUUAAAAAUUUAACCGGCAGCCGUUUAUUGGCAAGGUAGCCAAAAAUCAACGCGUAGUGAAGUGUAAUGAAAUGGCGUACGUCGCUUCACUGUUACACAAAAUAUGCAUAACUGGAACGAACGCUCGAUGACAUUUAAAUGUCAAUCAAAUUAUUUUUUUAGUGAAAUAAAACAACGACGACUGUGGGAACUACACUCCGUUCGCCCUGUUGCCAUCUGUCAACAUUCGGCUUGAAGCCAAUUUUUCAUAUUCUUUGAUUUGACUUAGCUAGUUGUCGCAUGUUUGAGACACGACCUGUACGGAUUCUUAGUGUCAGUAGGAUCGUAGCACCAGCCAUGCAAUGGUUCUGUACGCUAUGAAUCGGGUGCGAAAUCUUUUGAAACAGAAGGUCAAAUUCCACAAAAGGAAUGUAGUACCAAGUCUUUGCUUUGGUUCGACUUGGUUUCAAUGCUUGUUAACUGUAAGAAAAAGCGUUUGCUUCAGAAAACAAUAUCCAUAGUACAGAAGAUAGACAAUUUAAACAGCGUUUACAAUGUAUUGAAAUACACCAUAAUCCCGCUUGAUAUAGACCCUGACAGCCGGUAGACAUCUGGCUAGAUUCCGGUUAAUGUAAAAAUAGCAUUGGCAGAUUGGUGUAAUGAUUUCAUCAGUGAUGCCUUACGGAUUCGCUUUUCCUACAUUGACAUCUUUGUUUACUUUCUCUUUAGAUUAUCACGAAGUCAAAAAAAAAGUCUUUUCAAUAUUGCCCUCACUAAUAAUAAAAGUGAAACUUCCACUUGCAGCUUGGCGUUUUUGUCGUUGGACGAUAGAUGCUUUCUCGUUCAUACUUUUAUUACAAUGUAGCCAGACUUUCUUUCGAAUUACAGCCUGAAUGUCUAGCAGACACUUUGCUAUAAUAUUACAGAAAGAUUGUUUCUGUUGUAGUGUGUAGUUAUGUGGAUCGAUGGGUUAUUUUUUCAUCACAUUCGUAUGCAAUGUCAAUCAGAAUGAUGCUGAAAAUGUGAUUUCGAUGUAGAAAUAGAUAAUACGUGUGCAAAUUGUUUCCCAAAUAGAUAAACUUUGUGUUCGGUAUUCAAUACAUCUGGUUUCCAUUGUCAUCGAUUGAAAAUCACAUCAGUAUUGUUACAAAUUUAUGUUACGGUGUACUUUCCGCCUCGUCGCGCCCUCUGCAUUCGGGUUUCGUUCACUUUUGUGGAAAAUCGACGAAAAUUUGUCAAUUUCCUUUUUCCUGCUUCCACUGUUGAGUAGCCGUAAUAGGAGUACGAAAUAAUAAAAAUAUAAAAUCUGUCCUUGAUGUAGUUUCUUAUCAGAGUCCUUCCGGAGUGUAAAAUCCCAUCGUCCGCCCUUCCGCACAUACACGUACACCGGAAGCUGACAGUCCCUUGUUGGCAGGCGAGCUGUUUUUCGAGUUCCCCCUAACCGUUGAUGGCAAAGUGUCAUCCGAACUCAAUCAUCGGGUUCGAUUUUUCGAAGCCAUCGUUGUUGUUGCUGGCAGCAUGUCAACCUUAGAGUUUCGGUGCAGAGAAUGAAAAUGGAUUUCAAUAGAUCACACGGUUCGAGUGCGAUCGAUAUGUGUGUGCUCGCUUGCCCAUCCUCCUGCCGCACGUUGGACGGAGUAUGAAAAACGCGACAGGAGGGCUGAGAUGCUCGGCUGGUUUUGACUGGUCUGCGGGAAAAUGGAUUUCGAUGAAAACCCGCUUCCGACGGCAAGCUUGUUCUGGUGAGGUUUAAAGUUGAAAGUGAACAGAGUGAAGUUGAGGUUUCAGCAGAAUUAGAGUACUGUUUGGUGAAGAGCUUUCACAAUUUAACUAGACUACGUCAACAAAAAUUGAAGCUAAUAUAUUUUUUUUUUAGAUUUUCCUCGGUCAGUAUGAUGUUGAUAAUGAGAAUAUUAUAAGUUAUAAAAUUUCUGCAAGGUACGAAAAAACCUUUUUCAUUGACAACCACUCCGCACGUUAACCUGAAUAAAUAAUAAUUGCACAGGGAAUAUUACCAAACAAAAUGACAAGUUACUUUUCUCUGAAAAGCUUAGGACUAUAAUUUUAUUUUUUAUAUUUUAAAGUGUUCAUAUUUCCUCACGGGGUCAAUCAGUAGGAAAGCUACACAAACUCCUGAUGCCGACUUUCGUUCCACGUAAGCGCAUCAGCAACAAAUGGAAAGCCAAGAAAAAAUAACCUGAUUUCGGCCUGUCACUGGUGAUGGCAGAAACUAUAAGAAGCUUACAAAACUCCAUUCGUUCGUUGGUGAGCACAGUAAAUUGUAUCUUCCGGAUGGUGCUUCAGUUGCCUGAAUGCACACAACGGACGUGUGUUGAAAUGUUAAACUUGUUGAUUUUUUUUUACUGCACUGUUGAAAACGUAGAGCUUUGAAGUCAAGUGAAAAAGGAUAAGAGGUACGAGGUGGAUUGCUGAUUUGCAGACUCAAACCGUGUCAUUUUCUUGAAGGUUUGAAUUACCCUACUGGAAACAUAUCUAUAUUACAGGAACGUGAUGGCGAUGCAGGUACAGAUGUAUCGAAUUCUCCAAUUAUCUGGGUGUAUUUCCUUCCACUACGUUCAUUUGUACACUAUUGUAAAUCAUCACUAUUCUCGUCAAUACAAGUCCACCAUACUGGCAAUAAUGUACGAAUAUAGUAGAUACGUAUUUCGGUCGCUGCUGACUCUUAGUUUUGUGAAUAGUAAUACAUACAUCUGAAUAUUACGUUGCUUUAGAUAUUAUUGCUCAAUCGAAAGAUUGGAACAUGGUUAAGAAGUUUCAACACUUUUCCGGUCCCUCGUGAGAUUGAAUGAAUGAUGAAAUCUUUUCUGGCAACACUAUCCGUUAUAAAUUGUCUAUUCAUAGACAGUCCAAUGAAUAACGCCAUUGUUUAUUUUUUUCUGCAGCUGCAAAUAUCUUUUCAAAUCUACUAGAGAUUCCGUGACAAGAAAUUCGAACUUUCUUGUAGCAUAAGUUCGAACUGCAUUUUCAUGUAAGUUUCAUUGUUCAAUAAGCAAUUAUACUCCUUGAAAUUUGCCGAGAAAAUUUAGAAGAGAUUUGGAAGUCACGUUGUUUUUUAAAAUUUAAAUAACAUACCAUUUGGAGGUUUGAAGUAUUCUCCAGAAAAUUUAUAAAGGAGUAUGAGAAAACACUUUGAACUUUUACUCAUUUUGGAAGAAUUUCAAAAAUUCUGGAGACAAAGAAUCGUCUUCAUUUAAUAUGGGAGGCAGUGCCAUGAACUGUUCUGUAAUUUCAAUGAACGAAUCUUUCCCAUAGUCUCGUCAUCGUUUUUUUUCGGUCUCAUUACUGUUUCAUGUAGGAAAAUCACGAACAUUCCGAUAUUUUCUACGAAAAUCUACGUAUUCAACUAUCAACAAAGAACCAGUAAUGCCUGUUGAGAAAUUUUAAACUUCUUCCUUAGUUGGAAAUCUCUUUUCUUUUCCAUGGUUACAUCUUGUAGUUUUCGAGUUGUCUAUUCAAAAAAUGGUCCCUUUCGGUAAAAAGAAUCACCUAAUAUUAUAAAAGACAAAGGGACUUUCUGAUGUGCAUAUAAUAACAACUAUCAUAAAACUGGAAUUAGAGAAAUUUUCAGCAGAACCAGUAUUAUUAUUGGAAAACUUCACAGCUCUCUACCAAUCUCCCAUCUUCUGAAUUCUUCUGAAGUCUUCUGAUAUGGCUCGAAGUACACUAAUGUUACAUAAAUCUUGAGCAACUGAUUAAAUCUUCUGUAAGUCUCAGGUGUGCUCUGAAUUCUUCAAAAAUCUCAUACGGAAUGUACCUUGAUAUUUUUCAAACCGUACGAUUUUUCGAAAACGUACUAGCAUUGAGAGUUUCUUCCAGUGUUCGUCGAUACACAAUUCUGCUCCAAAUAACUUCAAUCAUGACUUCGGCUACUGUGUUCAAACGUAGUAGUGUAGCUUAGUCCCAAAUGUACUAUAUAUCAACAUAAAUCCCUCUAAGGAAUUCAACACAAAUAAAAAAAACAUCACAGUUACACCAUCUCGCGACGAAAAAGGAUACUAACUCAAUACUGUUUAAUAGUUUGCGUUUAGCAUUCACCCUAAUAUGAGAUGUCAGAAAAAAUUGACCAUGAUGUCUACUUAGAGGCGUGAACUUUUCUAUGCUUUAAGUGUUGUUUAUUUCUGAUGAAGUGGAAUAUCGCCUAUAAACAAUACUGCAAUCAAAAUGACAAACCAUUUAAAGUUUUGUAUAGAACAAGUAUUAUACUUAUCGUCUACACUUUCGAAAUUUAUGAAGUGGUAUUCAAAUUUGCUGAAGUUAAUACCACUGGAAUCGUAAAUCAUCAGUGAACCUGAAAACAAGUGGAUUGACUUUUAAAAUCCAGAAAUUGUAAUACUUAAUUCGGAAAUGAAAACCUAGAGUUUUACAUAGAUUGAAGGUACAUUUCUCAUACAUUUCUGGUUUUCUUUAGGAUCUCAGCUCAAUCGGUGAAACUAUUCUCUCGAACCCGACGUUUAAAGUUUGUAUGGUUUUUAGAGUAGGGAAACAGGCUGAUGAUCACCCUAGACUCAGAAACUCAGCGCAUGUAUUUUUCCAUAGGAAAUUUUACGAGGAAGAAAACUUUCGAAGACUGCUAAACGAUCCGACGUUUAUAGAAAAAGUUAUCGAAGAAAAACCUAUUCAAUGUCCCAACUAUGGCUUAUUUCUCAAUAUAACUAGCACCACUGCUGCCAAUCGUCGUCAUAUGAUUUGACUUUCUUUCUUUGUGCUAUAACGAUUGAUUCGAGUUGUUUGAUAUAUUCACGAUAGUUACUCAGCAUAGUAUAAAGAUUCUUUCUAAUCGACAAAGUAGCUCCAAAACUCACUGUAAAAACACAUAAAAAUAUCAUGAAAAUUGUCUUUUUUUUGUUUGCAUAAAAUGGGCUCAUCCAUAUCUUCUAAACUACAUCAGAUGGAGCGUUUAUGCCUUCGACAAAGCAAUUGGAUUUAAAUUGGUCGAAAACAUUGUCGAAGACUAAAAACCUAUUUUUUCAAAUAAAAAAAUUAUACUUCUUGUGUCUUUACAGUAAGUUUUGAAACUUGUUUAUCACAGAAAAUAAAUCUUUAUGCUAUGCUGAGUGACGUAAUCGUGAAAACAUCAUAUAACUCAGAUCAACCGUUAUAUCACAAUUAAAGAGAGUCAAAUCAUAUAAUGACGACUGGCAGCAGUGGUGCUAGAUAUAUGAAGGAAUGAGCAGGCAGAUUUCCCCUCAGACGGCUGGUUAUGUCUGCCAGCCAUUUUUGACGGAAUUCUGCCAGAAUUCUGGCAAAUGUCUGGCAACAACCGUUUCCGGCAGAGAAUUUCGCCUAUCGGUUAAUACGAGUCUCUUUCUGUCGGAUUGUUGCCAUACAUGAUUGGCAGAACCGUUUUGAAUCGGUUCUACAUUUUUAGCGUCUUGGUUUUAUUUUUUCAAUAAAAAUUACAUAUGAAAGGCAAUUAAUUAAUGCCCUUCAUAUAUACUAAUUAUGGAAAAUGUUAUUGUUAAUGUCAAUGCUUUCUCACUGCCAAACAUACCCAUAUUUCAAUCUUAUUUACUUCGUCUCAAGAUUCGUUUUUUGUAUGUACAUGUGGGAUUGAAUAUCAAAUGAAGUCGAAUAAAAAAAAAGAAAACAAAAAGUGGAGGGAAAUAAAAAAGACACGUACGGCGAGAUAAUGACGCAAUUUCGCCUGGACAAUUUUGACAGCAGCCGGAAAGCAGCCAGCCUUCUGACGGUUGCCAGAAUUCCUCACAAGCGGGUUCGUGCGAACAUCGGAUUGUUUUGCAUUUUUCGAAGGUUUUCUUCCUCGUUAAAUUUUUUUACGAAAAUAACACAUGCACUGAUUUCGAUAGUCUAUAUGGUGACCUCUAGACGAUGUUUUUUAUAAAAAGCUGGUUUCCCCAUAUAAAAUCCUAUACAUGUUUUAAACCUUUGGCGCGAAAAUGUAUUUUACCGAUCGAGCUGCAAAUUUGCAUAGUUCGUAUCGAACCCAAAACAGAAUAUGAAAAAUUUUUUGGAACCAAAAUCUAAAUUUUGUCCCACCCUAGUAUUCAGUUUUAGAUAGCUUGAUUCAUUAUCUGAUUAGCAAAAGUCUAAUAAACGACUUUGUGGCAAUCUGGCGUCUUUAGUGAAUGAUCAUAGUCGAAAUGAAAAUAAAACGGUCAGUUUCAUAAAACUACAAAAAUCAUUCGUUUUUUGUCCAUAAAAUGAAUCCGAAAGGGCGAAACUGAAAAGUUCUGUCGAAAUUCGAUUUUCAUUGUUUUUUCCAUGCAUUAUCCAUCGCCCAACUGUAAGGAAAUGGCGCACGUCGCCAGGAUUUCACAUUAGCCGUCCAUUCAAAAGACGAGCGAAAGUUCGUCGACAUUUCGAAACGUCAAUGUAAGAAACAGAGUGAUCGAGCACUCAGAAACGAGCAGUCAAGUAUACAGCUAAACAUAUUUUGUGAAUUCACAUAUUUUUUCAUGCACAUGUUUGGAGCAAGAAAAUGAGUUCAAAGUAACUUUCCAGUUCUGUAUAUUUUAAUAUACUUUAAAUGCAAAACAAAACGUUAAUUUAAAUCUACACUCUUUUUCAUUGGAAAAUAAAUGCAUUCUAAUUUAGUUUUACAUUGCUGAUGGUUUUCAGUCGAUUUUUCGGUGCGAUUGGAGUCUAUUUUAUAAUACUAUUAAUGUUAAUACAUGUCGGAUAAAUUUCAUUAUUUUUUUUCCGUGUUCUUCUCAUUACUCAGUCUGUCUUGGCGACAAUGUGGGAAGAGGUAAAAAUCAUUGUGAAACGAUUUUUAUCACACUGAAAAAAAAAUGAAAUUUACACAUGUUGAUAAAUAGUACUGUGAAAUAGACAUCAGUUGAUUCGACAAUUUGCUUGAAAAUUAUCAGCGAAGGAACACUAAAUUGAAAUUCAUUGAUUGUUCAAAAAAAGACUGUAUAUUUAAAUUACGGCUUAGUUUUCUUUUCGAAGAAUAUUGGAACAUUAAGAACUGUGGAAUAUUGUGUGCAUGAAAAUUGAUGUACGUACAAAAUAUUUUUAUCUGUGCGGUAUCGAUCACAGAUUCGGUUGAAAAUCGAUGCUGCACAACAAACGAUCCAGUAAUUUCGUCCGGUGGAGGAAUCGUGCGCGAAACUAACAGUUCCGUUUCGACAAAGUUUGAAGCUGUAGUUGUUUCUCUUUGGUACGAAGGAGUGAAGCAGAUAACAAAAUAAGCAGCACAUCAAUUUGCUCUACGAUCCGUCAAUCCGAUAAUGUCGACGCAUUUUAAGUUUGACGCGAUUGAUUCAAACAGUGCAAAAUUGUCCGAUGCCGACCCGAUCGAAGCGCUACGAUCGGGCCGAUGUCGUCCUCAAUCGGUCCGACAUUCGGACCGAUGUGGUUCGACGAAAGUCACUGGGGCUCAUCGCACAAAAUGAAGAUGCAUAAAUGAAAGAACAGACACGCAUUUGGCGUUACACUCCGGAAGCAACAUUAUGCAACCAAGUCGAAUCAGCUUUUCCAUAUAACAUACCGGUUGUCUCGAGUUGCUUGUGUUGUGAGCAUGGAUUUCGUUUUUAUAAAUUUACCAGCUGGGAUGAAAAAAAGGGUUGCCAGUUGCAUGGUCCUAGCAAAACUGCCAGGCUACCGGAUUCACGAAAAUUUUGCCGGGCCGUAGUACGACCCAUGACUCCUGAAGAUUCAUAUAAUUCGUUAGGAGGUGAAGUUAUCAUUAACUUUGCUUAUCUAUUCAUCAAUACCCAACAAACCGUUAUAUCAUUCGAUGGGAUUUCGAAAAAAGAUGAUGUUCUCUUCAGAAACAUAGCUCGAAAUUUUAACUCGAGUUAGCUUUUGUACAUCAGCCAACCUGAUUUUAAAUCUGAAAAAUCGGAAGAUUAGAACUCUUCUGAAUGGCAUAAAACUGACUUCAUUUGUUAUUACUCUUGGUAAGCCCCAAGUGACAUACAAUAUGACAGGCACAGUGGAAUUCCGGCAUUGGAAAUAUAUCAAGAGGAAAAUGUGAUUAAAUGGCCAAUACAUUUCGAGAAUCACCUAAUGAAAAUCAUUUUUUUUAAUUUUUCGGCAUUUAAGUGAAGGAGAGCAGUUCGGUGCAAAAAGUGUUUUGCAAACAGCAACAACAUCACGAAAACUGAUGCACUGAUAAGCCGAAGUCGAACCGUAAAGAUAAGAACUGGCUAUGUAACUAAAUGAAUCCACAGUUUUCUGCAGUAACUCGUUUCAAAAAGAAAUACAAUGAUUUACUGAACAUAUCCAAGAGGAUGCCAAUGCAAAAUGGCCAUCUCUAAUUUCGUAAAACGGUAGUGCUCAAAUGAUUAAGCAUAACAAAAUAAAAUAUUUAUUAAUUUCAUCAAGAAAAUGUUGACUACAUAUAAAUGGUUUACAAUGUUCAGUUACAUACUACCAACUAUUUCUACUACAAAGCUGAGAUUUUAUAUAAUAUUUGAACAUAAUAAGGUCAAAAUGUUCGCAGUAUUGUAAUGUGGGUAACUCGGUGAUCAAAGUUAGAACAUUUUCGAUCCUGAAAAAUCACAAAGCGGGUACAAGAAAUUUACGAAAUCGAACAAAAAAAUUGUUUUUUGAGGCCAAGUGUCUUAGAAUUGCGUGAAAUGUCUUUACAACGAUUACGGAAAUUUCAAAAUUUGGUCAUCCCCUUUGGUGAUUUUUAAAGAUCGAUCUUUUCAAACUUUGACCGCCGGUCGGCACUUUUAACUAAUAUCUGUAUUAGUAAUAAAAUUUUUUUUUCUAGUACAUAAUCAGUUGAGCACUACCGCUUUACGAAAUUAAAGAUUCUUUUUUAAUGGCACCCUAAUCUACAAGGAAAUUCUACUAUUUAGUAAAGAUUUUAUGACGAAUAAUUUUGAAAAAAAAACUUUGCAAGAAAUAUUUAUUAAAAAAAAGUCUUAGUCUGUUUUUGACAUAGUUCAAUUUCAAUCAAGUUAUUAUGAAGGUUUUUGUUUUUGAGCAACAUUAUCGGAGUAAAGUGCCACAUUUUUGGUUCACAUUAAGUUGACUUCCUACCUUCUCGAAAGGAUUGAAAUAUUCAUCAAAUGGUACGAUAAGUUGUAAAUUAUUUUAAACUUCCGAUCUGAUGAGAAAUCAGAUCCCACAGUUCGAGGGCUAACUCGCAAUCAGAUUACUUAUUGAUAAAACCAUGCAGGAAUCUUCGAAGAAUUAAUCCUUUUGAGAACUGUUGAAUGGUUCUGAGAAUUUCGAAGAUUUUCAGCAAUAUUCUGUUGAUUUCCUGGUAAUGCUUGGAUGGACAACUUAUAAUAUCUGUACAUCUGCACUAGUAAAUACCCCUCUGUGGGAAUGCGUCAAGGAGUCUCGAUCUUCCGUUUUUAAACGCAAUAUUUCGAGAAUUUCCCCCGGAUCAACAAUCCUUAAAAAUAGUGCAAUAUUUUGACAUGACUGGAAUCGUAAGUGAUGUGAAUAACGCCUCGAAUUCCGUAGAUCUACGAUGUAAACCAUUACAGAUUACAAUCCUUGCUAUAUCGGAAUUGCUUAAGAAGCAUGUUAUGCUGACAACCCAUUGAUUUUUUACUCUUUUAACUACUUUGUACUCUUUUUAAUUAGAAUAUUGUACUAAAACUAGUUCGAAGUAUACACUACGGAGCUGUCGUCUAGUACAACAAUAAACCGCAACAAGCAAGUUUUCGUCACGCGUGACGAAGUCUACUUUGGUAUAUUUUUGUUUAUUUUAUUUAAAAUGAAUCUGUCCAAUUGAAAUUCUGUUUGAGAUAAGGCAAACAAAACUAAACAAUUAAAAAGCACGAAGUUUAUGAUGAUUGUGUAGUAUGGGUUUUAGAUAAAACAAAACUAAUUGUGUUCGUUAUUCAAAUCAAGAGUUGGAACAAUAAGACAGCACACUGCCAGAGAAGCUAAGCUUUGUUUUUUUCUGUUAGAGAUUCAUUCCAAGAUUAAUUAUUCCGCUUCGCCUCGGUUUGUUAGUUGGUUGUGCUGAUAUUAAAUUUUACGUCCCGUGAGCACGAACGCCAUAAUUAAUUUCGCCACUCACGUGUAAGCAAAUGCUGCAGGUUUUUAUAGCAACGAACGAACAAGGCACAGUCUAACUAAAGGCGCAAGUGUACUGUUGACCUAUUAACGAAGGUGUGCCGGGCGGUUCGAUCAGCCCGUCGUUCCAAUGUGUGAACAUUUAUCGAAUAUUUUCUAUGUACUGUUGUUUUAGCUGUGUUUUUAAUUUUUACUAGUUCAUAAUACUCAUCAUACUUUCAAUUCAUCUCACUAUUCAAAAUAGUUGGAUUUAAGAAUAAAAUCAUUUCCACUCGAAUCCCACGGUUGAUUGUACUUGUGCUUCAAGUCAGGAAAAAAAUCAACUUAUUAAGGUUUGAAUCUUAGCUUUUAGAUUGUUUAAUUUAACAUCAAAUCAAGUAAUUUAUGUCGUUUUUCAUUGAUUCCACUCGCUCGGUGCCAGUGUUUUGCCCUGACAGCCGAUUAAUGAAACAGUUUUGUAAAGUUUUGUUUGCACGCAUGCUGCUCGGAAAAGAAAACGAGUGCAAAAUAGUUGCCCGCGAAUUUCCCCGAAAGUGCAUUUUUUUCGUGCGGUGCAAAUCAAUGAAACACAGUGCACCUGCUUUGAUUGCCCGACUGCACGAAAAGUGCACAAACCGAACAAAACACUCCACGAUUGUUCUCAAUGAAAAACGACAUUAGUUUCGCUAGUAACUUCACAGAGCAGCGCCUAAUUUUCAGACACACGAAAUGUCUUUCGUGACCAUUACUUCAGUUGUGGUUUAUUCUACACGCUAAAUUCACUUCUAAAAAUCGGUAGCGCUAAGACUCAUCCUCAUCCAUAACUUCAAGUCAUUGGGGAGCUAAUCCAACGCUGAGCGAAAGUUUGUCCAGCCAAUUCAAGAAUCUGCCACACAACGGUGAUGUACGAGGGCCAUAUGUUUUUCGUGUACCAAACCAUUCACCAGAGACACAGCUGUCGCUGAGCCGGAAACGAAGCACAUAAUCGCUUUUUAACGGCAUUAACUGCCAAAAGGACGAAUGUUUCAACUCGAGCAACAAUGGGUGGCUAGGAUACGAAAGAACGGGGAAAGUCCGUGUGGGCGUUAUCGCGUUGCUGGUCUGGUGCAUAAAAUGAAAUGAGAACACCGUUUUCAGGCGCUUUCUCCAUUGUAGAACAACACUGCGACCACCGGAAGCUGGGAAGUUGUUCGAGAACAGAUGUUAUUCUCAUGCGAUAACCGUUGGUAGAAGGACGGUGGGUAGUGGGUGUAUGUGGGAGGGUUGAGUCCUUGCAUAUGAUCGUUGUGUUUCACAUACCUGCCAUUGGUCAUGCUGAGUGAAUGAAAUUGAAAAUGGUCUUCAGAGAGCUACAUAGGAAUAAGCACUUGCGCGAAAAAGGCAGCUAUUGAGAUCUGAUAGAAGAAUCGUAUAAAGAUAUGUAUGUGUUACAUUUCCUAUUACCGUUUGAACAUGCGGUUUCUUUGCUUUGAAAACGAUUUUGAUACAAACGAUGGACGUUAGAUUGCUUCGAAAAUGUGAAAUGGUUUCUACCAGUAGCAUUGUGUAACAAUUCCUUUGAGAGAUUUUCUGAAUCGCUACAGAUGUCAAGUUAUUCAACAAAAUUGAAAGUAAAAUGGUGAUGAUCUAAAACAUAUCGUAUUUCCUUAUGUAAAAUUCAAUGUUAUUUGCAGGAAUUAGAUUGAUAGCGAAACAGUCACAGUAGUUAGGCUCAGGGGUAGAUGAUGGUUGUACGAGGAAGGAGAUAUUGAAUUUAAAUGACCUAAAUUGUUGAGGAAUCAUCUCUCGUUCUAAGCAUAAAUAUAUGAAUCCAAUUCGGUGUUUCAAAAUGAUGUUAAACCCACAAAACUGAAAAAAAAACAUAUCAAAUAUAUAACAUAUAUACACUUAUCAUAUAUACAUCAAUUAAUCGUAAGAAGAUAAAAUGUCAUUUAACCAAAUUCUUAGCACGUAAGUGUAAUGAUCGACGUGUACUCUUGCAAUCAUCACAAGAGUUAGAGAUCAUAUAAAAUGGAGAGAAUCUAAACUAUUUCUAAAAAAAAAACAGAACAAACAUAGUUUAGUAUAUAAUAACUACUUAUCCAAACCAGGUGCACUAAACAUAUCCAAAACAAUCGCUGUUCAACCGAGAGGAAUAUUUCUACCUAAAACAACUUGCCUUCACUGUUUUCAUAACUUUAUAUUGCACUUCAAUGUUGAAAAGAGAUAAAAAAAAACAACAGCAAAGGAUAGAAUUGUUUUACAAAUAAAAUUUUAUUUGAAUCUUGUUUUAGUUCAUAUUUACUAAUUUAUUUAACUUACAGUGAUACAAAGAAAAUUAUUCAAAGUAUAUACAUCUAGUUUUUUUUAACGAAAAAGGUUAUUUACCAUCAGAAGAAAUUUAAAAGCAGUAGGAAUAAAUUUUAAGAAUGCUGAAAAUAUUUUCCACUUAGAUAACAUUAUUAUAUCGAGUUAGAUCUCAACCGUAAAUCGUUGAAUAACAACGUGGUUUUCAACUUGAUUGCUGCUUAUUCAUCGUACAGCAAUAAAUGGACCUACAGUAAAGAACUCAUUUCACAAAGUUUAUGCUGUCUUAGCAAAGAGAACAAAAGAAAACUAAAUAUCGAUGCAAAUCCUAUUUCACUUUUGAUCUCUCGAUGUAUUAUUCCUUAUGAAGCCUAACAGAAAAAAAAUCCUGUCACAAUGUGCAACUUUUCAUAUUUAGUAAGUGAUAAUCGCAAAGAUAUUUUUUCAACCUUGAUAGAAAGUUUUUUCUGAACCUUAAAAUAAGUCAAGCAGCAACAGAAUACAAAACAAAGAAAAACAAAGGCAACUACUAAUGGUAUAGCGAAAACAGGAAAAAAAAUCCGUAGAUUAGUUGGCAUCUGCAAAUACAAUCGUCAAUAGAAUGAUAGUGUAGUGUAGAAUCGCUAACUCAACCGUCAACUAGGACGAACAGAGAAUUCGCGAAAAAGUGAAGCUAUAUUUGUAUUUUUGGAGAGUCAGGUGACGGAUGCUUUUGAAGGGAGCACGCAGGCGAGGAAGUGAGUGUGCUUACGCUAGUAGCGAGCCAAACCAGCGGACGCAAAAUGUCGAUAAUCAAUCAAUAUAUUCGAAACAUUCCUACCGAGAAAAUGGUAGCAAGAAUUAAAAUAGUAAGUGGAAAUAACUGCACAGAGCGAAAAUAUAAAUGAGGAAAACAAGGUAAGAGCAGGACAGAACAUCUAAUGGAAUAAUGAAGAUAAAUAUAUGAAGGGAGGAAAAAAAGAAGAUUAAUCGAGAAUAAAAAUGAAUGUCGAAACAAA